AUGGCACUCCCGUCAGAACUGGGCGCAGCAUGGCCCGCAGCAUGGCCCGCAGCAUGGCCCGCAGCAUGGCCCGCAUCUGAUAGCCUUCUAGCUGGAACGCCGGAUGAGUUUUAUGACAGCAGCUCGGUCGCGACCUGCUCGGAUAUGGAAGAGCUUGCUGAUGAUGGCUUGGACGCGUCCGCGUAUGCAGCCGCCUAUCAACAUUUCAACGGAUCUGAUGAGUCUGGCCGUUUGUCGGUGGAUCACUCAACCAAAGUGGAGGAGGGGCCAUCUAUCAACGACGAGAAUAAUGGAGGCUUCCAUGCAUCCACCAAUUCGGAGCUGAAAUCUGAGAGUUCACCGAGUUCUGCUCGCAGCCAGCCUUCAACCGCAGUUUCGCCUCCCCCCGCAGUCAUGUCUUCCUUUGAGGCACGAAGGCUUGCCAAUGCUGCACAUCACAAAGAUUUCUUUUCCGAGAUGAACGAACUUGGUGCCAAGAUGGGAGUCAACGUCGACACCCCAAGGAAACGGGUAGUCAAGCCCAAGAAGAUAGCGACCGCCCUGACCGGGUCUUCUCGGAGAAGUCUCCCGAAACAGCAGAACUACAAUGGGAAGGUAUUGAGCGUUAAAGCUCGCGAGAAGCCAGCCCCUACUCCACGGGCCGCUGUCAUUGAGGAAGCCAAGAGCCUCAACGCUGCAUACACCACUGUGAGUGAGGAAUAUUUGCGGUACACUCGCAUCCAGUUGCCGAACCAAGGCCAGAGGGAAGGGAACGAGAUUUCUCGGAUCAAAGCCCACAGGUACAUUGACCGCGAAAAUGGGCUGCGCGAACAGAUUUGCUAUGUACACUGGAAGCAGGCAGGCUUGAAGAAAGGUUCCGUAAACUUGGUGCCUCGAUUGAAACCAAGCUGGGAGCCGGCCGCCAACAUACCGCAAGAAAAGAUUCAGCAGUACUUCGAGGGGCAGCCGGUCGACGCCACGGAUGUCGCCAUCCCACCCAAAGAAAACCUAUACGCGGAGAAUAAGAAAGCCAAGGAGAAGGUGGCGCCAAGCGUCCAGAGCGGCGGGGAAAGCAGAGGCGAAGAUGCCACAGGAUCUUCACUUGAGAUGCGGAUCAUAUUGAGCGCCCGCAACACCCAGUGA